GAGGGAGUGGCAACAUUGAAACAUACUUACCUGGAUGGGGUCUAUGGGUGAUCAUGAAGGCCCAUGGCCUAGGAUGGUGACCUCCAUUGCACUUAGGAGGGGUGUCAUUCUAAGGUCUACCCAAGUGGUGGAGCCUACAUCAUAAUUUGUUGCUGUGGGGGCCUGCGUUCGCGCGGCCCCUCUCAAUCAACUUCAAUUCUUGUUCGUAGAUCUGUGGAACGCUUCAAACUCAUUCUUCGUUGGCCUUGUUCAUUGUUCAUCUCCAACAUCUUCACAACUUCCUCUCGCGUGGAUUCUUCAUCAUGGAGCCGACAUAGUGCCUUCCCUGGUGAUUGAUUUUGCAUUUUGCGACCUCAACAAGAACAACUAAGAUAAAAAAUCUUGAUAGUGAUACUAAUAUGUGUUCAUUUAAAGUAAAGCUCAUCAGAGAUGGUUUGAAGGAGAUUGAAGAUGUUGUGCCAAUAUCUGAGGUAGCAGGGAAUCGGACAAUCGUUGCUUUUGUUCAAUGCACAUGGAAGUUUGCUAAUACUCUAAAGCAUAUAGAUAACUCAGCAAAUUUUGUGUUUCAUGCUUAAUUAUAUACAUGUUAUCGUGGUUAGCUACCAGUUUGCUUAAUAAUGGUUCAAUUAAUGUGAAAUCAUGUACCACGAAAAUUUUUCUUGUCUUGAGAGAAAUCUGAAAUUGUGAUUUUUUUUUUCUCUGCCUAUUGUUUUAAGUUUAAAAAUUAACUAAGUUGAUUUUAUCUCAAACAGAAUACAAACUCUGUUGUACACAUCCACAAUUUCAGAUUUUUGCUAUUUGCUCUUAGCUUUGGAAAGCAUAUAAUCAGUUAAAAAGGUCUUCAGAGCUGCCGUAUUUGGAUCCGAGUGGAAGUGCCGAAUGUUUGUUUAUGUGAAUGUAUAGUCGCAGAUUGAAUCCGUCCCAGUUUAGAUUUUAGAUUCAUGAUUUCCCUUUGGACAACAAAGUAUGCUGCAAAUGGUGUCCGGUGUUUCAUAGUCAAAAUGAUGUCUAAGCCAUUACAAAUGGACAUCUAGCUAGUAUAUUUAUUAGAAAGAAUUUUAGCAGCACCCAUGUAGAUUUAAGUCCCACAUCUACAAUAUAGACAAAACAAUGAGUAAGAUGAGAUAUAAAAUCAAAGUGUCUGACCCUGGAUUACAUACUUACCUGGAUGGGGUCAAUGGGUGAUCAAUAAGGCCCAUGGCCUAGGGUGGUGACCUCCAUUGCACUCAGGAGGGGUGCCAACCUAAGGUCUACCCAAGUGGUGGAGCCUACAUCAUAAUUUGUUGCUGUGGGGGCCUGCGUUCGCGCGGCCCCCUUCAUCUGCAGUCCAAAUUUUGAAGCUCAAUUUGGUUGAAAUAUUUAAAUCCAACUGAUUUUAGGCCGAAUGAUGAGACCGAUUACCGCUAUUUGUGGUUGAAUUAUUUAAAUCCAACUGAUUUCAGGCCCAAUGUUUUUGAGCGAUUACCAUAUACCCUUUUUAUUAUUUAAAAGGGACCAUAUCAAUUUAAUAACACCGCACUUGGAGCCUCGGUCAGCUGUUAAUUUUAAAAAAAAUGAAUUGAAAUUGGUUGGUUAUCUUUUGUGGUCGUUCGAAUCAUUAACGAUACAAAAUUGUUUUGUUUGAAAUGAAUAUAUUGUAAGGUGGUAGUAGGUAACAAGAACAAUAAGUAGCAUUUGACUAAAGAUGUCAAAGGUGGAUCUGUCUGCGAUAUGUCUCCGACCGUUCAAGCUAAGCGACGUUGACGAUUUCUUGUUAUGGGCCGGGGACGAUGAAGUCAUAAAAAACAUCCGAUGGAAGACAUGCGGUUCGAGGGAAGAAGCUCAAUCCUUCAUUAGAGAUGUCUGCAUACCUCACCCUUGGCGCCGUUCUAUCUGUCUAAACGACCGUUCAAUCGGUUUUGUUUCUGUGUAUCCUUGGUCAGGUGAUGAUAGGUGCAAAGCUGACAUAGGCUAUGCUGUUGCUGCUAAUUAUUGGGGACAAGGUAUAGCUACAAAAGCACUUAAGAUUGCUCUGUCUCAAGUGUUCAUUGAUUUCCCUGAUUUGUUAAGGUUGCAGGCUUUUGCUGACGUGGACAACACGGGUUCAAUAAGAGUUUUGGAAAAGGCUGGGUUCCUUAGAGAGGGAGUUCUUAGAAAGUAUACUUAUAUUAAAGGUAUCAUCAAGGAUUUAGUUGUGUUUAGUUUUUUGUCAACGGAUGAAAUUCCUCUCAUUCAUUAGUUAGGCUUCUAGUUAAUAUAGUUCUAAAUUGCUUAUUGUGAAUCUUUGAUAUCACAUAAAAAUGCUAGAAAAUACGGCUGAUGUGGCCGUAAUUGUCAUUGGAAUGCCUUUACAAAGAACUUUAAAACCUUUAAUGGGCUUAGUGUGUUGUAAUUCGAUUCUAAAUAAUGUCAAAAUAAUGUCAAAAUCUACAAUUUUUGCUCCUA